AUCCAGCGGCAGUCCCGAACCCACACGCCACUUUAUAGGCCGCUCCCACCGCCGAACCCUAACUUCUCUUUGCACUUCUGCCUCGCCUCGCCGUCUCCCUCGCUGCCGCUUCGCGUCGCCGCCGCCGCUCACCUCUCCGACCGCCGCGAAGAUGCCGUUCAAGAGGUUCGUGGAGAUCGGGCGCGUGGCCCUGGUGAACUACGGCAAGGACUAUGGCCGCCUCGUCGUCAUCGUCGACGUGGUCGACCAGAACAGGGCACUAGUGGAUGCCCCAGACAUGGUCAGGUGCCAGAUGAACUUCAAGCGGCUCUCACUUACCGACAUCAAGAUUGACAUCAAACGUGUACCCAAGAAGACAACUCUGAUCAAGGCGAUGGAGGAAGCUGAUGUGAAGACCAAGUGGGAGAACAGCUCAUGGGGCAAGAAGUUGAUUGUCCAGAAGAGGAGAGCAGCGCUCAAUGACUUAGACAGGUUCAAGGUCAUGUUGGCGAAGAUCAAGAGGGGUGGUGCUGUCAGGCAAGAGCUCGCCAAGCUCAAGAAGGCGUCCACGGCUUAGAGUAUCUUUUGGUGGAUGGCAUGUUGAGUUGUUGGUACCUUGUUGGAUCAGUGAUUCGUUUGAGUGUUGUUAAAGCCAGAAUUAGCACUACUGUUUCCUAUGAACUCUUUUCAAACCUUAAUCAGGCAUGGCUGUGCUCUGGAGAUUUUUGUCAUGAAUGGUAUGAAAUCUUUAAGGUAGUUUGCGACUAA